GUCGCCUCGUGCCCUCGUGCAGCCGUUGCCGCUGUCGCUCGCGUCGCGACCUCUCUAUUAUUUGCCCAAAUCUCCGUUCGCCUGUCGGCUCGACUGUUCGUCCCCAGGUCCGGGAGCGCGACGCGAGCAGCACAGACAAGCGUCUGACCUGGGACCGAGUGCGCGCCCGAGGAGUGCAUGGAGGUGGCCGCCUUCGCUGCAGCGGACGCGGGCUUGCCCCCGGGAGUCCGUGGGACGUCGGGGCCGGCGUGACUCGAGCGCCCGCUUACGACGAUCGGGACGAUGAGGGCCGCCGAGUGAACGACGGACGCGCGGAGUGCCGAUGAGCAGCGAGCUCGAGUAGAGCGCAGCCCGGCUGGCUAAGCUGAUACCGAACAUGGUGCUGGAGCCGGGGGGCGGCUUGUCGUUCCCGCCGCCCCCCGGCGGCGGCGGGGCCGCCGCCGCGAGCUCCGCCGCGGGUGGACCCGGGGCCGCAGCCUCGCUCCUGGGCCCGACGCGGCUCUUCCAGCGCGCGACCCCCGUCUUCCCGUUCCACCUGCCGAGUUGGCACCACCCGGUGCUGGGGCAGGUGCAAAGCCAGGUACAGCAGUCGAUGCAGGCACAGCACCAGGUCGCGGCCGCAGCGGUGCGCUUUCUGAGCCACCAUCCGCACCACCCGCACCACGGGCAUCCAGCACUGGGGAGCCAUCCGCUAGUGCCGGGGGUCGGUGCCCACCAUCCCCAGGCGCAUCACUUGCAUCACAGUACCGAGCACAACGAGGAUGACGACGAUAAGAAAGGUUGUGACGGGGAGAGUGACGAGGGCGGCAGUAAAAGGCGACGCAGCAGGACCAACUUCAAUAGCUGGCAGCUGGAGGAGCUCGAGCGAGCUUUCCUCUCGAGUCACUAUCCCGACGUCUUCAUGAGGGAGGCGCUGGCUGUGAGGCUCGAGCUGAAGGAGAGUCGCGUCGCGGUAUGGUUUCAAAAUCGACGGGCCAAGUGGAGGAAGAAGGAGCAUACGAAGAAGGGCCCGGGCAGGCCAGCGCACAACGCCCAUCCUCAAAGCUGCAGCGGCGAGCCGAUUCCGCCCGAGGAGCUGCGCAGGAAAGAGCGCGAGAGGCGGCACAAGAAGCUGAUGAAGGCGCUCGAGAGGCAGCAGAGAAAAUUGGCGGCGAAGGGUAUCACGGUGGACUUGUCGACACUGAGGGCCGAAUGGGAGUCACGCAGUGCUGCGGCAAGUGGCGGCGGAAACUCCCUGAACGGCAGCUUCGGCCACGGUAUGAAUAACAACAACAAUGAAAGCAACAGCAUCUCGGGCUCGGGCAACGACAUGAACGAGGAGAUCGACGUUGUUGGAGGCCUCGACUCAUGUAGCGAGAGCGGCAGCGAACGCAUGGAUUCAGCCGCCGACGGCUCCAUCGACGGCGAAUCGUAUCCUCGAGUACUGUCCUCGUCUUCCGACAACACCACGAGCGAGCAGCGACGCAACACCGUGGCAACGAGUCAUCACCAGCUGGGCCACCUGACCAGCCCCAACACCAGUUUACAUUUAAAUCACCAGCAAAGCAUUCACCACUGGGGUCUGAGUUUGCUGGAACGGCGCAGAGAACUGGUUGGCCUGAGCGCGGGCAACGGCUCCAUCAGGCAGACGUCGGUCGGCGAUAUCCAGACGAAUGCGACGACAACGACAACUACGACUGCGAGGAGCUCGAGUAUCGACGACGAAGUCCAGAGCAGUAGCAUCGACCUAUCGGUCAAGGGCCGCGAGGAAAGGCGACGGCUCAAUCCGUUCUCCAUUGACAGUCUUCUAGGUAACAAUCGAUGCGGUACCUCGGAGACCAACCAGCACCAUCACCAUCACCAUCAUCACCAUCAUCAUCAGCAGGACACAAAGGACUCGAUACCGUCGUCCAUCGUCGCGGGCAGAGACUUCAAGUCGCCGGCAGCUUCACCGGCGUCCUCUGCGAACUCGCUGCCGACAUCGCCGACGCUGACGUAGUCCUGGCUGAGAUAAAGUCGAGAGGCCUGACGAGGAUAAGGAGAGCGAAUAACGCGUGAGAGGAAGAAUCGCAGGUGUCGCCGCUGUGUGAAUGUUUCGAGGAUGGCAUGGGAAAUUGAUUUGAAUGGUGUUGUCGCGUUUUCCUACACAGUAAAGGGCUUAGUAGUAUUUUUUUACAAGAGUAGACUUGUUCGUGUCGCAAGAAAGAUUAUUUUAUUAAUUUGACGUAUUUACAUAUCGUGUUCAGUAGGUGAAUAGUGCGUUCAAAAAGAUUGCUCGUGUGAUUUUUUAAUUGGAAUGGCACAGCUUUUACAACGAUGUAGAUAUUAUCUUAAAAUUCUGCUGAUUCCAAAGUGCGCAUUAAAGACAAAUGUGUUUUAUAGUAAUUGUUAUGGGCAGAUUAUUGUAAAAUGUACUGCUUGUAAAAGAAUUUUAUACAGCGAAAGACUUUACGUAUUUAUGUUUAUUUAAAUAUAUAUGUUUCGUUCGAUGGCGUUUCUAUCAUAACCGGAUGACGCAUUGCCGUAAACAAGCUGAUGUUUUGAACCGCUAGAGUUAUUAUUCCGAUCCUAAAAGCUAUAUUUCCAAAAUUGAGCGAAUGGUUGAAGUUCAUAGAUUUAAGAGUAAAAUAUUAAAUUUAACAAUCUUAAGUUACUGUGUACGGAGUCAAUCUUCGAUAACGCGAGUUCGAGAAUGAUUUGUCCAUCCUUUUACCGCGCAUAUCGCUUCCAACAUAUCCGCACUACUAGUUCAUAUUCUAGACUAGAAAGAAAGAAAAAAAGUGCCGUAUCUUCCUUAUCGAGGUUUUCUUUCUCUUCGUUUCCUCGUAACUCUUUAAUAAUUACUGUGCAAUAAACAUGUCCGGUGGUACGUAUCAACCAUGAAUUGUCGAUGGGCUCCAAAUGGCAGUUGAUAAUGAAUCGUUUUGAGAAAUUUUUGAAGAAAGUGAAGUAGUUCAUGGUUUUGUGUUGAUUAAAUUUUCAAAAACGUAAAAGGAAUUUUUCUCUCAAAAUAUCUCGGAAAGCAAAGUUAAAGCAUAAACUGUAAGGUCAAAAAUUUAAAAAGCUAAUACGAGUAUCGAAACGAUAAAGUAGAGCGUCAAGUGUAUUUAUUGUAAAUAGUCAAAAGCGUAAUUUAAUCGACGUGUAGUUUAACGGAUACCCAGUGUUCGGCGAUUACAUUUUGAAGCAAUAGAAUUGAUUAAAUGUGAAACACGAAUGAAGAAGUCGAUUUGUUUCGAGGUGUGUAAAUACGAACCAGAUGAAAAUAAAAGUAAAAUGAAAUGAUGCCAUAGCCAUAGCCACGAAUUCAUAAAAACAAAAAAACAAAA